GUUUCGGCGCCCGAUGAAGCGAGGUACUACGGCAGUGGGAGAGAGAGAUUAGUUUUUCGUUUGAGCAUGCAAUCAAACGCAUGAGAACGGAGGUGCCAUUGCAUUUGCAAGAAACUUCGACCAUUUUGUAAUUGUAUACGGUUCCUUCAAGAAGAGCGAGCUAGGCCCGGCACUCGCACCAGUUGCAGUAAAGAGAAGCAAAAUAUGGCAGAUGGGUUUUUGCUGAGCGGUGUGACCGACGAUGGACAUGCAGAGGAGCUGCACGAUAGCAAUGCCGAGGAGUUGGACCUUCUCGCGCUGGGUAUCGGCGACAUGCAGACGCGGGACCUGGUUUCCCUGCCGCCCCAGAUUGUGCCAUCUUCGUGUGGUGCGGAGGUAGUAGAGCAGCAAUUCGGGUCCGCUAAGCAGGACGCUGGUUUGGACUCAACAUCCAGAAGACGCGAUCCUUUCUCGACUGGCUGGUGGUCCGCGUCGUGGGCUCCCUCCCGCCUUAUCCCGUGUAAAAACGUCCCCACCCCAUAGUUGUCAUGCAAUUCUGCAUGCCAAAGCCAAAAAGGUUUCUCAUGCGGAGCCCUAUGAGGAGCUAGCAUUUUCUAAAUUCUAUUCGUGUUUUGCUUUUGGAAUCUGUAAUGCUCUAAUCAGCAUGCUAUGCAAUGCUAGAUCUGCGAUGCUUCUGAACUAGCUAAACAGGACGACGCUACGAGGACAAACUUGUCAUGCCAAACAACCAAAGCUUGUUGAUUUGUCUAGCAGAUUUCCCAUCUUGACUCUGGUGUGGGGACGUUUUUAAUCAGGACGCGGCUGCUGUUGUCGUCGCAAUCCGCUCUGCAGUUGUGCGUUGGGACGGUAGCCACCUGUCGGGGCCUGUGCGUGUUCGGCCUCGUGGCGGGGAUCUUUUGCGGCAGCCUGUUCCUGUUUCGCCGGUCGGCGACCGCGCCGACGGGGGACGAGGACAGGAGUAGUUCUUCAGAUGCGUACUACUACGGGGUUCGGAACAACAACUCGCCAGUGCGCUACAAGGUUCGGCACUACGGAGGAGGGAACGCCGCGGUCGACGCGAAUAAAGGAAGAGAAAGUAGAACAGGUGCUGCAUCUUCUCGAACUGCGAACACGGAAUCUUGGGCGGUCAACGAAUUCGGAAAUUUCGAAGGUGAGGCAGCACCGGCCUCGCCCGGAGGUGCGACGAGCAGUAGUACCGUUUGGAACGAUCGUCCUGCACAAGAACAGGACGGUGUCCGCGAUCUCCAGGGCUCUGCGCACAGUAGAACCGAUCAUGGCAAGGACGAGGAGAGCCAGGCGGUUUUUUCCCCAGCCGCUGCGGACGUCGAUGCCACCGUGGGCGAGCAGGAGGGAUUGGUAAGAAAUAACGAAAUAAAUGCCGAGGGUCGCCGCGGGGGCGACGACCGUGGUGAGCAGGGGGAUGAGGUAGGUACAACUGGCAGCCAAAGAAACACCGCAACAUCGCGCCGUGAUGCUGUUAAAAAUGGUCGUCGCACCUACGGAAACAAUUUUGAUUUCAUUUCCUCUGGUGAAGAUGAGCAAGAGCAGGAGGCCCCUGCUGCUGAGGAGCAAUAG